AUGGAGAUGGACAAGAGGAGUGAAGCGAGGAGAGAGAGGAGUGUGCGAAGGAGAGGAGCUACUUAUAGCAAUACAACACUAGAGAGAAGGAAGAGAAUCAAGAAAAGUAGUGACAGCAGCGUCAGGCUGUGCCCUGCGUGGCAUUUUUUGGACAAGAGGCGUGCAUCAACGAGAGGGAACAACUUACUUAGGACAACACACGGAGUGUGUCGCGUAGUGAAAAAAUGGGAUGAGAUUAAGGCGUAG